AUGGGUAAACACUCUUCUGGUCCAAGUAGUACUCAGAUUGAGUUAACUGAAAUUAUCAAUCUACCUGAAAAUAAUAACAAAUGUGGUGAAUGUGGUAGCACUCAUCCAACUUGGUGUUCAGUCAAUUUAGGGAUAUUUCUUUGUGGUAGAUGUGCUUCUGUUCAUAGAAAAAUUCUAGGCAAUAGAGAUGAUAUGGCUUUCUCUAGUAUAAAAUCAGUUUCAAUAGAUAGAUGGACUUCAAGAGAUUUGGAUACCUUGUCGAGAAGUGGUGGUAAUAAAGGUAAUCAACAUUUUUGGAACCCGAAAAGAACCCCCUUCCCAUUCGAUGGGGAUGAUGAUAAAUCGAAAGUUGAAGAAUUUAUUAGAGAUAAAUAUAUCAUAGGGAGUUUCAAAUACGACGAGAUUCGUCCUGAAGAUUUCGGCUCCAUCGAUGAUUAUGAUACAGGACGUGACAUUGACAGAUUCGACUCAAGAGAUAGAGAUAGAGAUAGAGAUAGAGAUAGAGAUAGAGAUAGAGAUAGAGGGUAUGGAAGAAGUAGAAGCAGCGGUGGUAGAGACAGAAGAGCUAGAAGUGGAAGUCUAGGUUUAAGAAGAAGUCACAAUAGUAGGGAUGGUGGUUACGACAGUGGAGAUUAUCAAUAUGGCGGGGAACCUUCAAAAUUAACAGGAAGAAAAGCAAGGGAUUUCGAAUUGAGCAGAUACUCAAGGGAAUUAAAUAGGUUAAGAGAAAUGGGAUUUAACGAUAUUGACAACAAUGCAGAGGCCAUGUCUUUGGCGAAUGGUGAUAUCAGCAGAGCAAUUACGAUUUUAGACAAAAACAAUAAUGGUAGUAGUAAUAGCUAUAGCAAUAGCAAUAAUAUUGCAAAAACAAAUACAAAAGCUCCUGUUCCAUCAUUACCAAGAAGACCUACAGGAACUAGCGGGCCAAAGGCUGCUGUUUUUGAUGGUGGCGAUGAUUUUAUGACUGCUGCUUUUACUGGUGCUACAAGCAUUUCGACUCAGGCGACACCUGCAGUAUUUGAUGGUACUGUCCAACAAUACAUCGAUCCCGCCACUGGUGUGAUAUACGUUGACCAACAACAAUAUAUGAUGGCGAUGGGACAAGGACAAGGACAAGGACAACCACAAGCACAAGUACAAGAAGCUCAACUAUUAGCACAACAACAGCAGCUGCAACAGCAGGCUGCGAUGCAACAAGCUGCGAUGCAACAGGCUGCGAUGCAACAAGCUUACAUGGGCCAGCAGAUGCAGCCACAGCAACCGUUGGUCGACAAGAAUGCUAUAAUGGGACUAUACAAUAGGCCAGAUUUAUAUACUAGUCCGGUUGAACUCAAGGAAGAUCAUCCGCAGUAUCAACAAAUACUUCAGAUGCAACAACAACAGCAGCUUGCACAACAACAACAACAACAACAACAACAACAACAACAACAACAACAACAGCAGCAGCAGCAACAACAGUUUGCUCAACAACAACAGUUUGCUCAGCAACAGCAAUUUGGACAGCAACAAAUGUAUCCAAACUAUUACAUGCAAUAG